GAAGCUUUUAGUUAGUCUGGUUUUGUAUUGUACAUAAUUUGUAUUUGAACACGGUAGGUACUAUAUUCAAUUCCCGUAGUAUUGGAUUAAAAUAUAUGCAUUCAACGAUUCAGCUCUGAUACGAAAAAUGCAAUGUUUUAGUCAUUCAUCAUUAAACCUUUUCCAUUAUCCACUGAUCUAGAUGAAAGAUAAUAUAAAUCACAUACAGGUAUUUGGGUUACAAUGCAUAUAUUCAAAAAUUACUGGCUAAUUUUUCGUUAGAAAUCUGGGUACUUAGCAAGACUAAACCAAAAUCGAUAAAAUCCACGGUCGGAAUCUAGUCAAUAAUCUUAAUCUCAAAAUAUAUAAUCUUAAUGAUAAGAUGCAUGCAUGAGCAUCGUUCAAAUCUAACCAGUAGCUGUUAUAGUUCCAUUGUAAACAAACUAUUAUCUGGAAUGAAUCCAAUAUUAUUUACGAAAAUAAUAUUUAUAUUAUCGAUAAAUUUUUCUUAUACAAAAUCAAAUAGUCUUGAUUUUCUUAAUUUAAGAAAUACUGAUCCCAGUAUUAUUGAAGAUGCAACUUUGGAUACGUUUACCCUCAUAAAGAAAUAUGGCUACCCCUGCGAAAUACACAGAGUAUACACCGAAGAUAAAUAUGUAUUGGAAAUGCAUAGAAUUCCAUAUGGCAAAGAAAAUUCCAUAAAGGGAACUCGCCCCGUGGUUUUUCUCCAACAUGGCUUGCUCUCAUCUUCAGCCGAAUUCGUUCUUAUGAGGCCAGAUAAAGGGCUAGCCUACCUAUUAGCCGAAGCAGGUUACGAUGUAUGGAUGGGCAAUGCCCGGGGUAAUACGUACUCAAGAAAACAUGUCUCACUUAAAACCACAUCGUCAUCAUUCUGGAAGUUCAGUUGGCAUGAGAUCGGUUAUUAUGACCUCCCAGCGAUGAUUGACUAUGUUAUAAAGGAAACGGGGGUCGAAAAAAUGCAAUAUAUCGCAUUUUCCCAAGGCACAACAGCGUUUUGGGUGAUGACGUCAAUGAGACCCGAAUACAACGAAAAGUUCACGGCAAUGCAUGCAAUGGCACCUAUAGCAUACGUUGGCAAUAUUCGUAGUCCGGUUAUCCGAGCUGUUGCACCCUUCACUAAUUCGUUAGAGACAAUAUUGAAACUAAUAGGGGCAAAUGAAAUUCUACCUAAUGGAAAUUUAAAUAAAUUAGCGGGCGAAAAGUUGUGUAUUGAGGAAGCAAUUACACAGUCUCUGUGUACGAAUCUACUAUUUCUUUUCUGCGGUUUUGAUGUUGAACAAUUGAACAAGACUAUGCUACCCGUAGUUAUGGGCCAUACACCAGCCGGAGCGUCCACAAGACAAUUCAUACAUUUCGGACAAUUAUAUAAGUCCGGAAAGUUUUCCUAUUUCGACCACGGUUGGUGGGCAAACAGACGAACCUAUGGGUCUUUUAGGCCUCCUGCAUACAAUAUUAGUACAAUCAAAGUACCAAUUUUCCUUCACUAUGCUGAUAAUGAUUGGCUAUCGACUCCGAAAGACGUCGACAGACUGUUCCAGGAACUCAAAUCUGUGGUGGGAAAAUACCGAGUCCCGUUAGAUAAUUUCAACCAUUUGGAUUUUGUGUUCGCAAACGAUGCUAAGAAACUAAUUUACGAUAGAAUAAUACGAAUAAUGGCACAAUUUUUAUAAAUAAAUUUAUUCAUAGACAAG